AUGGAGUUCGUCACGGCCCUCCGGGGCACUUUCGACGACCAGAAGCCCUCGCUAUUCGAGCUCCUCUCCGAACAGCAGCUCAACUCUCUGCUCCCGCCGACCCUGCGAUACCUCCUCACUGUCGCGACGCACCGCUACCCGCGCUACCUACUGCGCCCUCUCAACUCCUUCGAUGAGCUCUACGCCCUCGCCAUGCUCCUCGUCGAGCGCCACUACCUCCGCACGCGCGGCGGCAGCUUCACCGAACACUUCUACGGGCUGAAGCGGGAGAAAGCGCUCCAGGCCGAGAUCCCGCGCGCCGCCACGAGCGCGCCGGGCCUCGUGCGUGAGACCCUCAAGCUGAGCACCCGCGACGUAUGGAAGAACCUCGCCGUCAUGGUCGCCCUGCCGUACCUAAAGCGCAAGCUCGACGAGAGCCACGAAGUCGAGGCGCCCCGCGCCCUGCUGGGCGCCAGCUACACGCGCAUGCCCGCGAACCCGACGGUGCGGCAGCGGGUCGUGCAUUACUACAAGUGGUUCAUACGGAACGUGUAUCCGAGCGUGCACGCGGCCUACGGCUUCGCCAUCAUCGCGUUCAACCUCGCGUACCUCUUCGACAACUCCAUAUACCACAACCCCUUCAUGUGGCUCAUCGGCACGCGCGUGCGCCGGAUGAACGCCGCCGACUUCCAGGCUAUCGAGGCACUCGGGAGGCCGAAGGCGGGCGGUCCACCUGGGACGACGAGCCUGUUCAACCCGCGCACGAUGGGGCCGAAGCUGUUGGGGAGCCUGUCUGUGCUGUUGCCCACGAGUAUAUUUGCGCUCAAGUUCCUCGAGUGGUGGUACGCGUCGGACUUUGCGAAACAGCUGUCGCGGAAGGCGACCGAGAACCUCGAGUUGCCGCCGCCUAUCGUGUCGGGCUUGUCUGCGCUGGGUCUGAAAGCACCGCGGAAGCAGAAACAAAGCAACGAGGGCGAAAAGGACACCCGGACCCCGCAGGCGGAAGAUGCACCGAUUGCCACUCCUUCGCUGCUCCCGAUACUCACCGUGUCCGCGCCGGAAGAUUCGGAGCUUUGCCCCAUUUGCGAGGACGACAUCACGACUGCCACGGCGUGCCAGACGGGCAUUGUCUACUGCUACGUCUGUAUACACAAGUGGCUCGAGGGCAUGCAUCCCCGACAGGAAAAGUUCAUGGCUGAUAGGGCUGGCAAGUGGGAGAGUGGGCAUGGUAGGUGCGCCGUCACGGGGCGACGGGUCCUGGGCGGCACCGAGGGCUUGAGACGAAUCAUGGUAUGA